UGAGAACUUAUAUUACGUGGGGACAAUAAGACCGAUGGCGCAUGAUUGUGCUCCAUCCAUCCGUUUGCGUUUCGGAAACCAACAAGGAAGGUGCGUUCAAUGUUUACCACCACCACCACAGGAAAUCUUCCUCAACAACAGUGAAGAAGAGUCAGUGGGUGAUGAUUGCGGCAGUGAUAGCAAAUCUUUGAGCUAGGGCGACUCUAAUGGAUACAGAGAGUUGGCACGUCAGGCUGGCCCCAUGCUAGUCUUCUAUGCCGACAACAGUGCCUUAGCGAGGUUUUUUUGCAAGCAGUUAGGAUUGUUUACUGGCUACAGUACAUUCUUAAGUAGACACUUACUUGCUGCUCUUCAAAACGCCCGAGUCGAGGCAAUUCGUGCUCUGUCUGCUACAGGGAGAAAAUCAGAGAAUGGUGCGUCUAAAGGCAAUGGGAUCCGCGUUGGAAAAGACGAAUUUAUACGCAACCUGAACGAUCUUGGAAUAAGCCACACGACGUACAUGUUCCGCAGAGCCUUGUGGGAUCGGGCACCACGGUCAUCCACGGAGGUUGCAGAUUACCUUAUUUCGAUUUCGGGUGUUCCAGGCAAACGUUCUCUACCAAAUUCGGAGCUUCUGUACUGGAGGAAGAAAGGACAAGAGCGUACACUCAUACAAAGCAAAAGAACCGCCAAAGCUUGUUGCCCCAUUAUCGGAUAAAGAGUUGGAUGAAUUUGGAAUCCUACCAGGUGGCAAAUCGUAUUCAGAUGUACGCUCUCCCCCUCAAGAGCAAAAUUACACUGUAUAGAUUCUCUAUGCCCAGAGCAGCUCUGUUUUAUGGUACAGAGGGUUG